CGGAAGCAUAGAAUGAAUAGGGGUGACCAGGAAGUGUGAUCCCAGACUGGGAAGGAGGACGGGAAGAGGACCGGCGAUCUUGGGAAGGAUUGAGCUAACUUGUGGACAUGUGGAAUCCUAGUGCUGGGCCAAAUCCAUAUCCACCCCAAGUUGUGUGUCCAGGAGGUUCCAAUCCUGCCUGCCCACCAUCCCAAAAUCCUGCCUUUCCUCCUGGCCCCUGUCCUCCCGGAAUUCCUCAGGGAAACCCAGCUUUCCCUCCGUGUCGACCUCCUUAUCCUGUACCUCAACCAGGGUGUCCAGGAUACCAACCCUCAGGUCCCUACCCUCCCCCGUACCCACCAGCUGCUCCUGGCAUGUGCCCCGUGAAUCCUCCGGCUCCUGGCAUGGUAGGCCCAGGAAUAGUGAUAGACAAGAAGACUAAGAAGAAAAUGAAGAAAGCUCACAAGAAACCACACAAGCAUCAUAAGCACGGGAAGCACUCCUCCUCCUCUUCCUCCUCCUCCUCCUCCAGCAGUGACUCUGACUGAACACAGGGCCUGGAGCCUCCUCCCCUCAAGCCUCACCAGCUCCAGUCUCCCACCAAGCUUCACCUGUCAUCUUGUACUGAGGGGAAAUUAGCGCCCCGCCCCACUCCUUCCUGUGCCUUCUCCCCGCUGUUGGGGAAGAUGACUGCCAAGGGGUAGCAAAAGCUACCUUCUCCCUGCUUGAUAUUACCGUAGCUUAUGAGGUGGUGGUGGGGCACUGUCUUUUAAGAUAUGCACCAUGUGAUUUUUCUUUUCCACUUUUCUUUUGUAACUUGGGUUUGUGACAAUUUGUGAUGAGAAACCUGUACUUUUGUAAUGGCGACACAUGAGAGUGAUUUGGUGGCCACCGUAUUCCCGGCCUUACUGAUCACAGUAACUGUUGAGCCGCUGGGAAGCGCAGUCCCUUUACUUGAUGAGCUCUUUUGGAACCCAAUUUCUUCCUUAGUUCAGUAUGUUGUCUCAGAUGGCUCUGAGGACCAAAUAAACGCUACUCUCCCA